UGUGCUAUUUUAAAACGGGCUUUCGCUUUAGGACACAUCGGGGUCACACCUGACGCUUUAAACAUAACGCCUGGGUUUACAGACAUUGCUGACUUUUAAGUUUUUUGAGUAUUGCAUCGAACCCCGCCUAACAUAAAAAAACAAAAGAGGGCUGAAACUCGCGGGACCCGUUCAGUUUAAACGCUAUGAAGACGAAUUUAACAGACACUCCGUGUUUACAAUGUUAUUAACUGAUCCAAAUAAUUCCCAUGCGAUGCUAACCUCAUUUUUACGCGUUUUAACACUUGUUGAUGACAUGCACUGAAACAAUUAGCCAGGUAUGCUAGUAGAUCGAAGUAACGUUGCUCUAACUUACCAAACACAGCCUUACAAAACUCCAGAGUCUGGAGUGAUUGACUUAACCAUCAUAUCGUUAAACAAAGCCGGGUUUUUCAUCUACUUCUGAUGCUAGUUGUCUGCGAGGAUGAGGAAGAGGCCUUGUGUCAGGACACGGACUCCGAUGUGGCCGAUCAGAAGGAUUGUGGGAAAGUCAAAGUCAAGUGGGCCCAAGACGAGGAUGAUAAGCUGCGCAAGUUGGUGCUGAACGUCGGGCCGAAUGACUGGAAGUACAUCGCUGGCUUUUUACCUAAUCGGUCGGAGCAUCAGUGUCAGCAUCGCUGGUUCAAGGUUUUGGAUCCUGAUCUAGUCAAAGGACCCUGGACAAAGGAGGAGGACGAGAAGGUGAUUGAGCUCGUGAAGAAGUACGGCAACAAGCAGUGGGCGAUGGUGGCCAAGCACCUGAAGGGCCGUCUCGGGAAGCAGUGCAGAGAGCGCUGGCACAACCACCUCAAUCCAGACGUCAAGAAGUCGUCCUGGACUCCGGAGGAGGACCUCGUCAUCUACAAGGCUCACUGCGUGCUGGGCAACCGCUGGGCUGAGAUCGCCAAGCUGCUUCCUGGAAGAACGGACAAUGCUGUGAAAAACCACUGGAACUCCACUAUCAAGCGUAAAGUGGAGACGGGUUACUACUCGGACGUGGAGCCCACGCUUCACACGCUGCAGCCGACGGAGAGCGCUCAGGUGGAGAUCUGUUUCGAUGGAGCCGGCGAGGGUUUACCGGGAGAGGUCCUGAAGACGGAUCCGGAUGCUCACGACAAGGUCCCCUCCGCUCCACACAAAACGGCGUCCCCCAAGACCCCGAAGGCUCCGGCGACCCCCAAAAGUGAAGCGGGGGACUCGAGCGUGUCCACGUGGGUGAUGGACAGCUCCGGCUUCCUGUCGCCCUCGGCGGCCCCCACGCUGAAGGAGGUGAUGGAGCUGAUGGACGGGGAUCUGGAGGGCUGGUGUACGAUGUCAGACUUCGAGCUGCCGGAGGAGAGCCAGAGCUCGGAGCUGCUGCAGUUUCGUCUGGAGGGCAGCACCCUGCAGGAGCUCAGCAAGGGCAGCAAAGGAGAGCUGAUCCCCAUCUCCCCCGGCGGGGCGACCCCUCCGUCCAUCCUGAGCCGCCGCAGCCGCCGCCGCAUCGCCCUGUCCCCCGACCCCAAUGACUCCAUGACGCCCAAGAGCACGCCCGUCAAAAUCCUGCCCUUCUCUCCCUCACAGUUCCUCAACAUGUGGACCAAGCAGGACACGCUGGACCUGGAGAACCCGUCUCUGACGUCGACCCCCGUUUGCAGUCAGAAGGCCAUCGUCACCACACCCCUGCACCGCGACAAAACCCCGCUCACGCAGAAGGAGAACUCUCUGUUUAUCACGCCUAAUCACAAAUCCGACCUGGACACGACCCCCCGGACCCCGACUCCGUUCAAAAACGCCUUGGAGAAGUACGGCCCUCUGCGGCCCCUGCCUCAGACUCCGAAUCUGGAGGAAGACCUUAAAGAAGUGUUGCGCAGCGAGGCGGGGAUUGAGCUGAUCGUAGAAGACGAAACUCCUACGGAGAAGAAACGCAAACAAGUGUACCGGCCGCCGAUGAAGAAGGUGCGCAAGUCUCUGGCUCUGGAUGUCAUUGACUGCAGCGAGAGCGUUGCUGCGCGGAAGCAGCAGAUUAAACACGCCGUCAAAACCACUCCCAAGGCUCUAAUCGCCCGGUCGCUGCCUCUUGUGACGUCUUGUGAUGUGAAAAAGGAAGAGAAUGUGCUGGAUCAAGGAUUUAUUCUCGGCCCGAAUGAGAGCGGGCCGCCCGCUAAACCUGUGCCCCCCACACUGAAACAGAGUCCUCCCUUACCUAUGUCUCCAGCCUGGGAAACGGUGGUCUGUGGACGGACGAAAGACCAGCUGAUCAUGACGGAGAAAGCCAGGCGGUACCUCCGCUCUUUAAAGUGUCACGCCCCGAGCCGAGCGCUCAUACUCUCCUGAUCCCAGCGCAGCGUCUGCACGCUUUUCUACAAAGCAUAAUGUGUCAAAUUUGUUCAUUUAACAAAAAAUCUAAAUGUCAUGUAGAAUAUGAAAACGAUUACUGUUCCGGAAUAGACACUUUAACGCCGAUAAUGCUCUGUUUUCUGUGGCAUGCUAGCACAGUCAGGAUAGCGCCUGACUUCAUGUGACCCUGUAUGAUAAGUGCGUCGCUCUUUUGUUUUAUUUAUGUAUUGUCCACCUGUUUUUGAACGAUCUGCGUCUCUCUAAGGAUCACUAGACUCAUGUGAUGUACAGGCUGUGUAUUAAAAGACAAAGGUUGGCUAUGUUCCUGGCUGGAGGUCGAUCUUGACGUUCAGCGAAGCAGCGUGCGAGACCUCAGCUCAAGGCAUUCAUUCAGUGUGCAUAGUUUUUGUUUUUUUAGGGCAGAAAAGCCUUUGGUAUAUGCUAUAAGAACAAUAAACAGCCGCCACAGACCGUGCUUUUCUGUGUAAGGAGCAUGUUCAAAAAUAAUCCGAAAAUUUCAGGAGUUGUGGAAUUAUUUAUUACUUCGGUGAACGCUGUACGUCGCUCGCUGUUUUCUUCUGCUGGCUGUGUAGUGUGCAUCACUGAGGUUGUGACACGCUGCAGUUUUUACAUGGAGGGAAGGUUUUAUGUGGGGUUGCGUUGGAUGAGUUUCUCCCAGAGUUUCAGUGGACUUCCCGAAAGGACAGAUCUGCUCUUUUUCUAAUUAUUGAUGUUCUUACUACAUAAAUACUGCUGCUUGUGAUUAAAACGCAGAAGCCAGCGUCUUUCAGGAUGUGUCUCCCGUCCGUUGGGCUGAAGGUUAUCUCUUGGUUACGUGAGUUGCUCAGUCUGUCCGGAUCUAAUGAAUCGCAUAACUUCUGUCUGCUGAAAUGUUUUGUCUGCCCUACUUAGAUUUGUCAAUAUAUGCGACGAAUGUAAUCGUGUGAGCUCUUUAAUUGUACCGCACAAAAAAUACAGGCCUUCUCCAAUGA